UAUGAGGCACAAGGCGGGGCCAGCAGGUCUUCCUCAAGCCGGACGAGCCGCCGCCGCCGCAGCCAUGCGCCGACAACCUGCAGCUGGCCCGGACCUCUUUGCGAGAGAGCCAGUGCACCCAGGGAGUAGAGACGCCGGACUGGAGGAUGCUCUGCUGAGCCUGGGCUCCGUCAUCGACAUCACUGGCCUGCAACAGGCUGUCAAGGAGGCCCUUUCUGCUGUGCUCCCCAAAGUGGAGACUGUCUACACCUACCUGCUGGACAGGGAGUCCCGACUGGUCUGUGAGGACCCCCCGCACGAGCUGCCCCAGGAAGGGAAAGUCCGAGACGCUGUGACCUCCCAGAAGCGGUUGGGCUGCAAUGGAUUGGGCCCCUCAGACCUGCCGGGGAAACCCUUGGCCAAGUUGGUGGCCCCGCUGGCUCCUGACACCCAAGUGCUGGUCAUACCGCUGGUGGACAAGGAGGCUGGUGCCGUGGCAGCUGUCAUCUUGGUACACUGUGGCCAGCUGAAUGACAGUGAGGAGUGGAGCCUGCAAGCUGUGGAGAAGCAUACCCUGGUAGCCCUGCGGAGGGUGCAGGCCCUGCAGCAGCGCGGGCCCCCUGCGGCCCCAGAAGAGGCCCAGAAUCCCCAGGAGGGAGCGCCUGGAGACCAGAAAGGCGGGGUUGCGUACACUGACCAGGACCGAAAGAUCCUGCAACUGUGCGGGGAACUCUACGAACUGGAUGCCUCGUCCCUGCAGUUCAAAAUCCUCCAAUACGUGCAGCAGGAGACCCAGGCAUCCCGCUGCUGCCUCCUGCUGGUGUCCGAGGACAAUCUCCAGCUUUCCUGUAAGGUCAUGGGAGAAAAAGUGCUGGAGGAAGAGAUCAGCUUUCCGUUGACCACAGGACGCCUGGGCCAGGUGGUGGAAGACAAGAAGUCUAUCCAGCUGAAGGACCUCACCUCAGAGGAUGUACAACAGCUGCAAAGCAUGUUGGGCUGCGAGCUGCAGUCUAUGCUCUGUGUCCCUGUCAUAAGUCGGGCCACUGACCAUGUGGUGGCCUUGGCCUGUGCCUUCAACAAGCUUGGAGGAGAUUUGUUCACAGAGCAGGACGAGUCCCUGGUCCAGCACUGCUUCCACUACACUAGCACUGUGCUCACCAACACCCUGGCCUUCCAGAAGGAACAGAAGCUCAAGCGUGAGUGCCAGGCUCUUCUCCAAGUGGCAAAGAACCUCUUCACCCAUCUGGAUGAUGUCUCUGUCCUGCUCCAGGAGAUCAUCACAGAGGCCAGGAACCUCAGCAAUGCAGAGAUCUGCUCUGUGUUCCUGCUGGAUCAGAACGAGUUGGUGGCUAAGGUGUUCGAUGGAGGUGUGGUGGAUGAUGAGAGCUACGAGAUCCGCAUCCCCGCGGACCAGGGCAUCGCGGGCCUCGUGGCGACCACCGGCCAGAUCCUGAACAUCCCGGACGCUUAUGCGCACCCACUUUUCUACCGCGGCGUGGACGACAGCACCGGCUUCCGCACGCGCAACAUCCUCUGCUUCCCCAUCAAGAACGAGAACCAGGAGGUCAUCGGCGUGGCGGAGCUGGUGAACAAGAUCAACGGGCCGUGGUUCAGCAAGUUUGACGAGGACCUGGCCACGGCCUUCUCCAUCUACUGCGGCAUCAGCAUCGCCCAUUCCCUCCUCUACAAGAAAGUGAAUGAGGCCCAGUACCGCAGCCAUCUGGCCAAUGAGAUGAUGAUGUACCACAUGAAGGUCUCAGAUGAUGAGUACACCAAACUUCUCCAUGAUGGGAUCCAGCCUGUGGCUGCCAUUGACUCCAACUUUGCCAGUUUCACCUACACCCCUAGAUCUCUCCCCGAGGAUGACACUUCCAUGGCCAUCCUGAGCAUGCUGCAGGAUAUGAAUUUCAUCAAUAACUACAAAAUCGACUGCCCAACACUGGCCCGGUUCUGUUUGAUGGUGAAGAAGGGUUACCGGGAUCCCCCCUACCACAACUGGAUGCACGCCUUUUCUGUCUCCCACUUCUGCUACCUGCUCUAUAAGAACCUGGAGCUCACCAACUACCUCGAGGACAUCGAGAUCUUUGCCUUGUUUGUUUCCUGCAUGUGUCACGACUUGGACCACAGAGGCACCAACAACUCCUUCCAGGUGGCCUCGAAAUCUGUGCUGGCUGCACUCUACAGCUCCGAGGGCUCUGUCAUGGAGAGGCACCACUUCGCUCAGGCCAUUGCCAUUCUCAACACCCACGGCUGCAACAUCUUCGACCACUUCUCCCGGAAGGACUAUCAGCGCAUGCUGGACCUGAUGAGGGACAUCAUCCUGGCCACGGACCUGGCCCACCACCUUCGCAUCUUCAAAGACCUCCAGAAGAUGGCUGAAGUGGGCUAUGACCGAACCAACAAGCAGCACCACAGUCUCCUCCUCUGCCUCCUCAUGACCUCCUGUGACCUCUCUGACCAGACCAAGGGCUGGAAGACCACGAGAAAGAUAGCCGAGCUGAUCUACAAGGAAUUCUUCUCCCAGGGAGACCUGGAGAAGGCCAUGGGCAACAGGCCAAUGGAGAUGAUGGACCGCGAGAAGGCCUACAUCCCCGAGCUGCAAAUCAGCUUCAUGGAACAUAUCGCAAUGCCCAUCUACAAGCUGCUGCAGGACCUGUUCCCUAAGGCAUCAGAGCUGUAUGAACGCGUGGCUUCUAACCGUGAGCACUGGACCAAGGUGUCGCAUAAGUUCACCAUCCGCGGCCUCCCGAGCAACAACUCGCUGGACUUCCUGGACGAGGAGUAUGAGGUUUUCUUCAGGGAAUGAGCAGCAUGGAACACCUUGGGGCGAACCCUGAUGGGCCGGAAGGGAGAUCCCGGGAAGAAUGCUUUGGCCUGAGACACAGAAACACAGCUUCGAAAGAGUACAAAGUGGCAGCAGUGGCAUUCUGGGUUAUUGUAUUCAAUUGUGCCCCCGCAAGGCAUGUCCAAGUCCCAAGCUCUGUUGCCUGUGAAUACGGCCUUAUUUGGUAAUAGGGUCUUUGCAUUAAGAUGAGCGCCUUAUAAGAAGAGGGCAACCUGGACACAGAGAGACCCAGUAGAAGGCCAUGUGGAGACAGGCAGAGAUCAGAACGCGCUGCCACCAGCCCCACAUGUCAAGAGAUGCCAGUAACCCCUGGAAGUGAGAAGAAAGUGUAGGAAAGAUUCUUCUCUAGAAGCUUCAGAGAGAGCACAGCCCUGCCAACACUAUGAUUCCAGACUUCUGGUCUUCAGAACUGUGAGACAAUACUUUUCUGUUGUUUGCAGCCACCCAGUUUGUGCAACUUAGUUACAGCAGCCUGAGAAAGCUAGGUGAGGCAGAGGAGCGUCCCUCAGGUCUCAGGAGACAGCUAGAUUGGGGGGAGGAGGGACAGAGAUGACCAUCAUUUAGUGUCUCAGGUCCAGUUGGCAGGACAGCCCAAUCACUGAGCCUCUGGGACGCACUCACGAAAGCCUGGCCCCUGACCUCCAGCUGGGACAACCCCUCAGUGCCAUGUACAGGUUGUGGUCUAGACUGUCCUUCCCCGUCAGGCACAGGGCUAGGGUUUCCUCCAUCCUCAGCUCUAUCCACUUUCUGGUACAGCUUGCCUCACUCCCUUACAGGCGGUCUCUGACGGUGCGCCCAUCGCUGCCAACCAGGGGGGUGCUAGCCUCUCAGGGUGUCCAUUCCACACUUGCCCAGGCCUGCCCAGUGCUGGCUGCUGGGGCUGCUGGUGGUGCAAAAGCAGGAAGGCAAGAGUCCAGCCCCGAGGGAGCUCAGAUGAACCUAGUUAAUUAAUUAACCAGUUGAUGAAUCAAUUAAGAUUUCACUCUUAAAUAUCCAGUUAAUUAAUCAGUUAAUUUAAGUUUCACCUGUAAUUGAUUGAUUCAUCAUCUAGUUAAUUAAUUAGUAAAUUAAUUAAUUAAACACAUUUAUUGAAAAUGUAUGUGCCAGGCGUUGGAAAGGCUGCAGAGAAAUCAACAAAACCAGAUGCCAAGAAUACAGGUUAGUUAAAGGACAGACGCUCAUUAAACUGAUAAGCAAAUCUAAAACCACCUGCACCAACUGGGCCAUCAAGGAAAAGUACCCGGUGUCACAAGAGUCUCUGAUGGGGGAGCUGACCUGGCCACGGAGUGGGAGUUAACGAGGCAAAGGGAGGGGACAGCUGUGCGAAGAUCUCGAGGCAGGAGUCAGCACACCUGGCAGGAAGGACUCCAGGAAGGUUGAGGGCGGGGUGCGAAGAGAGGCUGUGUGUCAGCUGAGGCAGAGGGCAGGCUGAAGCCAGGCUCUGUUAGGGUGUUUGGGCUCUGUCCCAAAUAUCCCAAAGGAAAUGGACAUUAAGGGGUUUUCAGCAGCCGAGUGACCUAGUCAGAGGCAGAGACAGGGGUCCCUGCGACGGGCAGACAAGUUGGGGAACUCUUGAAACCGUCCAGGUAAGAACGGGUCAGUGCCACGCCCCGGGUACUGGAGGAGGGAGAACUGCGCACCUCGGAGGGCGAGCCUUGGGGACGCGUGGGAAGAGAGAGGGGUUGACGGUGACUCUGGGUCUUCUGGCUUGUGCAGCGGGGUAGACGUCGAUGCCAUCUGCUGGGAGAAGGAUCGCUGGGAGAGGACCAGAUUUGGGGGAGAAAAAUGCUAAUUUCAGGCAAAAGUUCUUUGUAAACCAUGUAAACCGUGCGGUCGCAGGAAUGUCAGCUGUUACCAUUUACUCAUUCAAAAAAUAUUUAGUAAAUGCUUGCUAUUUGAUGGCCCCUGUGCCAAGAGCUGGAGAGUAAAGAUAAUCAGUAUUUAUCGUCUUGGUUUGCCCGUGUCUCACAUGAUUAGUGAGAGCAGUGGCCCCUUGCCCUCUUCAGAGCGUCCCAGUUUGGGAUGAUCCUCUCUGCGAUGCCUUGGGCCCUAGCGGAGGAGGAGGCCUGACGGGCAGAAGAGGAAGCAAGGGACUUGGAGAGAGAGAGAGCAGUGCCCUGGCCUGGAAGCGGAGCGGAGGGUGUGGCCAGUGUGUCGGCCGGGCAGACUGCUCAACAGAGAGAACCCGGGCAAGAGAGAGAAGUUGUGGCACACGCUGUGCUAUGUGUGAUGUGGCAAGGGGGGGUGAGCGUGUGGGGUGCUAAGCCUGGGCGGGCAGAAAGGAAUGGCAGAGGUUUGCAGGCUGCAAAGACACAGGGGUAGCCAUGUGCGGGGACUUCCCUGGCCACUCCUUCCUGCUCCUCCCAGAAGCUGGGUUGCCCCUGAGUCUCUGGGCAACAGAGCCCCAGUGUGUAGCCAACCUGGGGAGGCGGGCUUUGACUCGCCCAGUGCUGAGCUUGGUCACCCUGUCCCCGACAGCCCUGAGUUUUUCUUUGUCAUCUGUCUCCCUCAUGGGAACGCAAGCUCUCUGAGGUCAGGUACUGUGCGUGUUGUGCUCUCAGUGGUGCUCACAGCCCCCUGCAGCAUUUCCGCCUUCACAGUAAAGCCUCUAUAAAUAUGUGUUGGAUACAUGAAUCUGAGAGAGAGAACAUUUUUCUACACCGCUGUGUGUGGCGGCUCCAAGGACACACAUCCUUAAUGAGCCUCUACUGUGUGGUGGGGAUUUGCCAGCCGUUUUCCUGCUUUAUCUCACUUAUCUCUCCAGGCAGGGAUCGUGGAUGGGAUGAUCAGGAACCACAAAUCCCAUUCAUCUUCUGAGGCCCUCUCCAUGCACCUCUUCCUCCAAGAAACCUUCCCCCUGGGAGCCACUUCCCCUUUGCUGAGCUCCUCUCCUGUGAGCUUCAGAAAAGCCAGCUCUCGACAGCAUGCUGUUCAGUGUGGGCUUUCAACAGACCACCUCCCACUUGACUAAACACUUUAAGAACAGAGGCUACUUCUCUUGUUUCCAAGUCUCCCCCACAGAACCAACAGCUGAAUUGAGAAAAUCAAGCCUGCGGAUUCGUUAAUUCACAGGUUUAUCUUGAACAUGAUUUCCUGGGUGACCUCGACUCCGGCUCUUGCGGCAGGUAACUGCUGCUGCUGUCUUUUGUCUUAGGAAGGCUUUCUGCUCUGGGACAGAACACCUGGCAAGCAGCGUCGUCCGUGGGCAGGUCACCUAGCUAUCUCGUCCCGGGCGAGGCCUGCAGGCGGGAAGCCCGAGUCUGGAGCGGCGCGUCUAGGAUGCCGCCAUGGGCUCAGACGCAGCGGCCCUCUGCUGAGCAGUCUGGCUCGUUGCCUCGCGCACAAGGUGGCUGAUGAAGGGCUAGACUUCACAUCCAGACUCCAGGCAAGAAGAUGGUUAGCGGGCAAACGGAGGGGCAACCCGGGACUUUCAAGUCUGUACGCUCUGAAGGGGUUUCACCAUCCGCAUAAAGACAAAGCAUACUCGGAGCAUGUAAGAGCUUUAAUAGAAGGAUUGUGCACAGAAAGGGAAAAAGAGAAAGGAUAUAGUUUCCCCAUGAAAUACCCAAAGUGACGCACCUCCUCGUGGGUAAAUGCCCAACCAAACAGGGUUGGUCCAAAGCAGGGCCACUGAGGCCCAAACACUUGCCAUAGUCUAAAUCGAGGGGAACCUCAGGACAGGGACAAGAGGGACCAGGCACAUUUGGGACAAAAGGAGCAAAAUUAAAGUAAAAUACAAUGGCUGCCAUCAUCAAUUUACCCAAGGGUCUCUUUCAAGUGUCUCUAUGUGUCUCAACCCCCCCUCCCCGCCCCGUCUCCUCCAAGUCCCCCAAGACCCUGGUGCAAGUCCAAAGCCGAGAUGCAAGUGAGCACUUUGCCUUCACAGUCUCCU